CAACACCUUCACUCUCUCAGAAACCCACCCAGAAUCUCCACUUCUGACACCAUGGUCAACUCUUGUUGUGGCUCUGUCUGCUCUGAGGAGAGCUGUGGCCAAGGCUGCUGCCAGCCCAGCUGCUGCCAGACCACCUGCUGUAGGACCACUUGCUGCCGCCCCAGCUGCUGUGUGUCCAGCUGCUGCAGGCCUAGCUGCUGUGUGUCCAGCUGCUGCAGGCCCCAGUGCUGCCAGUCUGUGUGCUGCCAGCCCACCUGCUGCCGCCCCAGCUGCUGCAUUUCCAGCUGCUGUCAACCCUCCUGUGGUAGCUCCAGCUGCUGUGGUUCUAGCUGCUGCCGCCCUUGCUGCCGCCCCUGCUGCCGCCCUUGCUGCAGCCCCUGCUGCCGUCCCUGCUGCCGCCCCUGUUGCCGCCCCUGCUGCUGUCUGAGACCAGUCUGUGGUCAGGUCUGCUGCCAAACCACUUGCUACCGCCCCACCUGUGUCAUCUCCACCUGUCCCCGCCCCAUGUGCUGUGCCACCCCCUGCUGCUGCUGAGAUCCCUAAUCUAGGCACAUCUGCUCGUACAGAUAGAUAUGUACCAUUCUUGCACGUGAACUCGUAGGACACAUGGAAUCUGUUUGACAUCAUUUAGCAGGAUGGACCACACAAUUCUUGUGAGCCACCAUCUUCCCCAGAAUCAGUCAACACUUCCUGGCUCACAUUACAUUCUCUGGUUUGCUACCAUGUCUUUCUAAUGUUUGUACUGUGCUGAAAUUAAUCUCUAAGUUGUGAGCUAAGAAUUCAUCCUAGUUCCCCAAAUGAAUUGACUUUGUAGCUCUAAAUUAUUCUUUCCAGUAAAUAAGACACUUUCUACAGCCUUUGUCUUAGCAUUGACUUUACAACCCCAGACCUGAGGGUCUGGGUAUAUUCUGUAUGUUUUCCCCCUAAAAUGAAUUUCUUUUAUUCUGUUGUUUCUAUUCUUUCUAAUAAACUUUCUU